UUUGAGCAGGGCAUGUAGUGAAUGUCGGUUGAUCAUCAUUUGAGGUCUUCCUCAAAUAAUGUACAUUAUGAAUUACAGGCUUGUAAGAAAAGAAAAACGACAUUAUUUUGCAUAGACAUAGGCAUAAGUUUUGUGUUGCUAGAAACUAGCAGAUGAUACAACUCAUGCACAAAAAGCUUCAUUUUCUGUUAUUCUUCACCUCAACAUAAUUUCAUUAAUGCCCCAUUUCAUUUUCCUUUGUUAACAUCUCCAACUAUAUAUAACUACAUACUUUGGUUAAUUUUCAUUUCCAUGAAAAUCAUGAACUCGGAUAUCCUUGAUGGAGGAAUCCAACAAUUCAUUCCGAUCCACUUUUUAUCUUCUCACCCAUGGUUUCUAUGUUUUAAUUGCUUCACUUUUCAUACUCCUCUUCAGUUUUCAAUUCACUUGCCAUGAUUUCAUUCACAAAUAUAACCUUAUCCAUGCUCUUUGCAUUUUGGGACUGUUGGGGUUGAUUUUGUACAUUUAUUUCAAUUUCACACGCCGUUCUACUUAUUUGCUUGACUUUGCUUGUUCUCGUCCACCCAAUGACUUCAAGAUCUCAAAGGAAGAAUUUAUCAAGCUUGCUAGAAAAUCAGGUAACUUCAAUGAAAGGGCCAUUAAGUUUCAGCAGCGGGCUCUCUACAAAUCAGGAAUUGGAGAUGAAAGCUACAUGCCUAAACUAGUUUUCCAACCAGGUCAUAAAAUAAGCUUAAGGGAGAGUCAAGAAGAGGUGGCAAUGCUCAUUUUCGGGGCCAUUGGCGACCUCCUUGCAGCUACCAAAAUUAAACCCAAGGAUAUUGGAAUCCUUGUCACCAACUCUGGAGUCCUUAAUACCACCCCAUCACUUUCAUCCAUGGUGAUAAAUCAUUACAAGCUUAAGCACAAUAUUCAAAGUUUCAACCUUGGAGGAAUGGGCUGCGCUGCUGGAAUCAUAGCUAUUGAUUUAGCUAGAGAUCUUCUGCAUGUUUAUCCAACCACAUAUGCACUUGUAGUCAGCACAGAAGCUAUCAGCUGUACUUGGUAUGCUGGCAACAACAUUGGCAUGCUUCUUUCCAACUGCUUGUUUCGGAUGGGAGCGGCUGCCAUGCUGCUUUCAAGCCGUAAUCGAGACAGAUGGCGGUCCAAGUAUGAACUAAAGCAGUUGAUUAGGAGUCAUAAAGGCAUGGAUCAUAGCUGCUUUAAAAGCAUAUAUCUAAAUACAGAUUCUGAAGAUAAGCAAGGUAUUUCGAUUAGCAAAGAUGUGAUCGAGGUUGGAAGGCAUGCACUCAAGGCCAAUAUCGCCACCCUUCUCCCUCUUGUUCGUCCAAUCUUUGAACAAUUCCAUUUCUUCACCAAUUUACCCUGGAGGAAGAAGAUCAAGCCUUACAUUAUUCCAAACUACAAAUUCAGCUUUGAGCACAUAUGCGUUAUAGCUACUAGCAAGAAAGUGCUCGAUGAAAUGCAGAAACACUUGGGGCUCACCGAUGAAUACAUGGAAGCACCAAGAAAAACCUUGGAACGAUUUGGGAACACUUCAAGUAGUAGUAUUUGGUAUGAGUUGGCUUUCUUGGAGGCUAACACGAAGAUAAAAAAAGGUGACAGGGUUUGGCAAAUUGCUUUCGGCUCCGGAUUUAAGUGUAACAGUGUUGUUUGGAAUGCACUUCGGAAUGGUGGGAUGCCUAAGCAAAGCCCAUGGAUCGAGAAUUCUGUUUAG